GGCUGGCGGCUUCCCUUCCCUUCCACCACCACCACCACCACCAUCAUCACCACCGCACCACCAUCACUGCAUCACCACAUCCACUCACACCGCCGCGGCUCUUCGAACAACACCUCCACCACCUGCGCUGCGCCACCACCACCACACCACAUAGACUUUGAAGAUGCCCCAGGAAGACAAGCUGAAGGAGGCGUCGAAGGCGGCCCUGGAGGCGGCGACCGACCCCCUGGAGAAGCUGCGGAGCCACUGCCUCUCCAGCGGCUACUCCGGCAUCCUCUCCCUCGGAAGGUUGUUCCGUCGGCUAGACAAGGACCGCUCAUGGACACUGUCGCGGGACGAGAUGAGUCGCGGUGUGGCGCAGUUCGGCCUCGACUUCUCCGAGGCUGACAUCGACAAGCUCUUCAAGGCGUUCGAGAAGGACGGGGCUGCCGGCAUCAACUACGAGGAGUUCCUGGAGGCUCUGAGGCCCGCCAUGACCGGACCGAGAAAGGCUGCAGUGGAGGCCGCCUUCAAGCACCUGGACAAGACUGGUGACGGCGUGGUGUCUGUGGAGGACCUGAAGGGCGUGUACUCGGCCAAGGACCAUCCCAAGGUGGUCAAGGGCGAGGCCACCGAGGAGGAGCUGCUCAAGAAGUUCCUCGGCCUGUUUGAGAGCCAGGGAUCUGUGGACGGCAAGGUGACGAAGCAGGAGUUCUUCGACUAUUACUCCAGCUUCAGCAAGGCCAUUGAUGACGAUGAGUACUUCGUCUCCGUGGUCAACAAGAGCUGGGGGCUGUAAGCGAGCUCCACUGAUGUUCCUCUGAGGUGGUUGGUAGGCUAUACUCUCCUAGACGCUUCCGCUUCCGCCUCCCACAUCAACUGUUUCCAAAGGUUGAAGAGGAGAUUAAUCGGGGUCUCGCGAAUGGGAAAAUAGGGAGAAGUUAGUUUGUUUACGAUGGGUGACAGCGCCCUUACUAAUGCAUAUUUCUGGUGGACUUUUGUUAUUAUUCUACAGGUGACAAAUAAACAGAAAUCUCAUGCAACCUAUUCUAUAUGAUUUCUACUGCACUUAACGAAAAUGGGGAAUCAGGCUAUGGAAUUAUAUAUAUAUAUAUAUAUAUAUAUAUAUAUAUAUAUAUAUAUAUAUAUAUAUAUAUAUAUAUAUAUAUAUAUAUAUAUAUAUACAGAAGAUUGCCAGAUUUAUAUAUUGUCUUAGGUGUGUCUGAUGUAGUUUCGAAUCCUAUUAAGUUCAGAUUGAAUACCACAAUAAAAAAGGAAAUGAUC